GCUUUGAUUGACAGGGGGACCGACAGUUGCGAGUCAGUGGCUCCCGGAAGCAGCGACGGGCGGCUGGCGGUGACCCGAACAACGGGACCGGGGCGUUGCUGGCCGAGGAGGCGGCGGCGGCUCGGACACGGAGGGGAGGGAGCAAGCAAGCGGCGCCAGGAGACGCGGAAGGAGGCUAGGUAGAGCAGGCCGAGGCCCGGAGAAUGGCCCUGCCGUGGCUGCUGUUGGCCCUGCCGGCGCUGCUGCUGCUCUCGCUUUGGCUGCUGAGCGGCACCGUCCGCUAUUACUGCAAAAUGGGCUUCUACUACUCGUGGAUCAUGGCCUUGGCCGUGCCCGUCAUCCCGCUGUGCCUGUGGAGGGGCCGCGACGUGCAGAAUAUGAGGAUAGUCCGAAGUGCAUUGCAGCAUGUCAAGAAUUUGUAUGGAAUUAAACUUGAAGUGAAGGGAUUGGAGAAUCUGAAUGUCAAGGGUCCGUAUGUCAUCAUCUCCAAUCACCAGAGUUCUUUGGAUCUGAUGGGGAUGAUGGAAAUCCUUCCGGAUCGCUGUGUUGCCAUUGCAAAGAAGGAACUGAUGUACGCUGGCACUGUGGGUUUGGUGUGCUGGCUCGCCGGCAUCAUCUUCAUCAACCGGCAGAAAAAAACUGAUGCAAAAAGUGUGAUGACAGAGGCUGCUCAGACCAUGCUGAAAGAGAAUAUCAGGUUGUGGGUGUUUCCGGAAGGGACCAGGAACCAUGAUGGGAAUAUGCUGCCGUUUAAGAGAGGAGCUUUCCACUUGGCCGUGCAGGCACAGGUUCCAAUUAUUCCAGUGGUCUUUUCCUCUUACAAUGAUUUCUACAACAGAGCAGAGAAAAGAUUUACCUCUGGCAAAUGUAUAGUUCAGAUUCUUCCUUCCAUGGAGACCCGUGGGCUGACAACAGAUGAUGUGCCAGAUCUAACAGAAAGAGCACGGGAUCUGCUAAUAGCCACAUGGAAUGAUAUCUCUGCUCCUAUCCUCAAAAUGAGUGGGACACACUGAAAUUUGCCUUCUACUGAUCACUUCAUGGAGCAUUUGCGUCAGUGAUGUUUAUGCUGAGGCCUGGUCCGCUGGUGGUUCAGAUUGUACAAGGGAAUUUUACACUAAACAAGUUUUCAUGGGACAUUAGAAAUUCUUCAUUGAUCAGCAAGAUGUAGUCACUUUGGCCAUGAGGUAGUCUCUUGCUGGACUGUAUAGGCAGGAGAUCCCAACCAAUGGAUCUGGUAGCUGAGAUCUCUUGCUUGUAAUAUAUAGGAAGGGGGCAGAUGCUCUGUGAGCUGUUCAAACUGCUGUCAUUUCUACUACCCAGGUACGUGCUCCCUCCCUCCCUGUCUCACUCAGGCCGUUGAACUUCUCGUAAGCACCAUUGUCUUCCUGUUGUGUACCCAAGUCUCAACAGUAAAUGUUAGACACAAGCCACUGCGCAAAGGACGGUGCUGAGCCGAAAUCUGUGGUUGCCAUUGACAACUUAACCAAAAUCAAACACUAUUACAUACAUUAGAUUAUCAUCAGAUCACUGAGCAGCAAGCUGUCAAUAGGAUUUCAGAAGAUAAGAAUUCUGUGUUUUAAUGUAGAAAAUUAGAUGAUCUUUGUGUGGUCACAGGGUCCAUUACACAUUCCACACCCUUUCUUAAUCAGGCCUAGCUUCCCAGGGUGACUCUUGGUGCCAAUUCUACUGUGAGUGAGUCAGAGAUGCUGUUCCAGUAUGCACAGUUGACCUGUCCAAAUGCUUUCGUCCAAAAGUAUUUCAAUCGUUGAGUUAGCUACUAUGUAUUUAUUGAGGCAAAGGUAUCUUAAGCUUCAAGGGAGGCAAUUCCCACUAAUGAGUUAGUGGCUUUCUGCAUUGCAGAUGAACUAGACUUGCAGUGAGUAUCAGUGCUGGAGUGAGGGAGCUGGGGUAAAUUACAGGUCUCAGUAUUCACAGCAUACUACGUUGUACAGAAAUUAACCUGCAGUAUGUAUGUGCAAAUGUGACUGUACAAUAUUUAUGACACCAAAAUGUGUCCAUCCCCAGAACUUAGACUAGCAUUGUUGAUACGGCCAGAUAAUUGGGAAGUCCCCAAGCUUCCUAUGGCCACUCCCAAGGGUCAGUGUUUACUGUCAUAUAGAUAAAGGUUCUGCAGAUAUUAUUUUGCUCUUGCUUUUGGAUGUCCAUUUCUGUACCAUUUGCAGUUGUCUUAGUGAAAUAUUAAAUAAUGUUGCAUGCAAACAUAAUUUGAUUGUUUUAGGCUUAUAUGAAGAUAUUCAAUCCUUUUUAAAGUUGUUAUUUUCAAUCAACUUUUGAAUAAAUAUUUCACUGCAAGUCUGUCUUUAACCUUUCCCUCCUGCCCAUUCCUUUCACUGUUGAUAAUUGUUUCUGUCGUAAUUAUUUGUGACAAAAUUUCAUGAACAAUAAAAUCAUUUGGGCUAUGAUG